AUGAGUUGCACUGAUUGGGAUCGGCGCCUGAAUGUGACCGUACGUGUGUUGAAUAACUCGGCCUGCGAUUGCAUUCUACCGGAUGUCAACGUCACGGACAAUAUGCUCGGUGUUGGCAAUACAACCGCUUGUGAGGGCACAGUAUCCGUAGUGCUUGAGACGGUUGAGGUGAUAGAGUUGCCGGCGUUCACUAUAUGCACUCAUGUUAGUAACGUAAUAAAUUGGGAGUAUUUACGGCACCGGUACCCAAACGACACCAAACUGGCAAACAUAACCGACACCGUUGAACACAAUUGGCAAUACUGGGAAUAUCUUAUGAACCUAACACUAGAGGAGCAGCUGUUGAACGGCACGAUCGACGCCAACCGGUUCUUCAAAGCUUGCAAAGUGUUACAACCCAGAGCCUUGUCGUUAUCGGUCCAGUAUGUCAACUGCCCUCUGGUAGCACCGGUGGUCGAGUCAAUAAGCGAAACUGUAAAAUGUUUUACUAUGUUUAGUCAAAACGUCAAAAUGUCGGACAACGAUCAGUACCGCGUGGACCACGACGUGAUGUUUCGGGACAAUUCGUUUUCCCUGGCUGAGUUCCGAAUGGACGUCAAGUACUUACAGGGGCUGACCAUUUAUAUGCACGACCGGCGGGAGCCGUUUGUGGGCCCCAUUGGUGGCCAGACGACCGCCAUGAAACUGAAUCAUCAAUAUUAUUACGAAAUUGAUAUUUCCUACAAAGAGGUCCAUGUUGAACAACUGCCCCCACCGUACCGGACCCAAUGCGCCAAUUACCCACUACUCGGGUAUCGGUCACAUAAGCAACGCGUUGGCCAAUGUCGAGCCGACUAUUACCGUGAUCAUUUUGGCGGCUGGCAGCCGGACAUGUUUUAUAACAAUGAAUAUUAUGAAUAUGGAAAGUUGAGUUUUGAGAGGACUAGAAAGACAUCAAAUCGUGCGGUUGAUAAACAAAUAGCCGCUGACUGCGCCAACGAGAUCGGCCGUAGGCCCGACUGUCACGCCGUGUACUACACUAUGAAUAAAAUUAAUGAUAUUGAGAGAGAUAACAAUGGAAAAGAUAUUGAUAGUCAGUUCUUUAUACAAAUUAAUAUGCCCACCAACACAAUCACCCGAUACGUGCACUCACCCCGCAUGGAGUUAUCCCAGUAUAUGGGCAUUAUUGGAGGUGUGUCUGGUCUGUGGUUUGGUCGUAGAAUACCGUCCUAUUAUGAUAUGGGCCAUAACAAAACAAUAGUAUCCGUAGUGCUUGAGACGGCUGAGGUGAUAGAGUUGCCGGCGUUCACUAUAUGCACUAAUGUUACCAACAUGAUCGACGUGGACUAUUUAAGGCACCGGUACCCAAACGACACGGCACUGGCAAACAUAACCGAUACUAAUGAAAACAAAUGGCAAUACAAUCAAUACCUCAAUAACCUGACACUAGAGGAGCAACUGUUGAACGGCACAAUUGGCGCCGACCUAUUCAUCAAAAGUUGCGAAGUACUACUACCCCAGGCUUUGUCGUCAUCGGACCAACACAUUGACUGCGCUCGGGUGGCACCGGUGGUCAAGUCAAUAAGCGAAUACCUAAAAUGUUUCACCAUGUUCAGUCAAAACGUAGACCAAUUGGCGGUCAACGAUCAGUACCGCGUGAACCACGACGUGAUGUUUCGGGACAACGGUUUUCAUCUGGCUCGUUUCGGACUGAACGUCAAGUAUUUACAGGGGCUGACCAUUUAUAUGCACGACCGGCGGGAGCCGUUUGUGGGCUCCAUUGGCGGUCAGAACAGCUACAUGGAUAUGAAUUAUCAAGAUUAUUUCCGAAUCGACAUUUCCUACAAAGAAAUCACUGUUGAACAACUGCCCCCACAUUGCGUCCACUACCCAAUAGACAAGUUUCGGUCACAUAAACACCGCGUUAGCCAUUGUCGAGCCGAGUAUUACCGUGAUCAAUUGUCCGGCUGGCAGCCGGACAUGCUCUACAACAGUGACUAUAAUGGAAAAUUGAGAUUUGAGAAGAAUGGUAUGACAAUAAAUCGUACGGUUGAUGAACAAAUAGCCGCGCACUGCGCCCACCGGAUCGGCCGUAUACCCGACUGUUACUCCGUGUACUACACUAUAAAUAAAAUUUUUAAUAGAAAGAGAGAUGACAAUAAAAAAGAUCAGUUCUAUAUACAUAUUGCUAUGCCUACCAACACAAUUACCAGGUACGUGCACUCACCCCGUAUGGUGUUACCCCAGUAUAUGGGCAUUAUUGGCGGUGUGUCGUGGCUGUGGUUCGGCCUAAGAGUACCGUCCUUUUAUGAUAUGGGCCAGCCCGACACACCGCCAAUAAUGCCCAUAUACUCAGACAACUCCAUACGGGGUGAGUGCACGUACCGGGUGACUGUGUCGGUGGGCAUCAUAAUAUAUAAAUUGAACUGA